CGAACAUAGUAAAAGAAAGGGAAAUGUUUGAUGGAUCGUGAAGUUCAUCCAAGCUUUCUGUUGGCGUGGUAAUGUUGCACAUGAUAAGAGACGCAAUUAAAUUCCGCGUAAUUCACUUGACUGAUCUGUAGCGCUGCUCGUAAACGGGAGCUGAUGACAGUGAGCAUGUGACGGGCUGUAGUGUUUGAAGCAGCGCUGGCUCGCUCGGUCGGUCGGGGAUCUGUCAGCAGUGCGGAAGAGAGAGAGAGAGAGAGAGCGAGAGAGAGAGAGAGAGGGAUGGGGCAGAUAUAUGCCAUCAAACUGACUCACAAGAGACUGAAAUUAUGCGGAGAUUCCGUCGCGCCAUAAAGCCUGAACACAAUUCAACACAAAAAGAGGCAGAAACAUGCUCGCUCGGAUAGACCCGUGAGCGACAGACAGCAGUGACAUUGAUGAAGCCAGCUGUCACUCACUACACGCUCCUGAAGCGUCGAUACACGCCGAGGAUCUUUGACAGCUCGAUUUUGGAAGUAAAACUUUUUUAAAACAUCAAAACAGACUGAUUCGAGAGUCAUCGGGUUUAGCCAAAUCGAAAGCAACUUCAAAAUGCUGGAGCUGUGAUCGGGAGAUUGUUGAACAAAAGACACGCGACCAAGUUGAUAGGUUGCUUUAUGCUGUAGGGAAACUAGUGGAAGAAACAUUGAAUGCUGCAAUACUGAGCCACAGCUUCCUGUAACUGCAAACCAACGUUGGAGGUUUAACACUUAAUGCAAAAAAACCCACACCCCCCUCCUCCCUGCCUCCAAGCUCCUCCUUCUGCAUCAUCAUGGCGAUGAGCAGUGAUCCUGGUUGCGGGGGGAUGGACCUUGACCCAGACUCUUCCCAGACUGCUGAAAUGACUGACAAGAUGUCCGCAGUGUCCCUAAGGUCUGAUACCUCCUUCAGUGUAGUGAAGAAUGGGACUGGUGUUAAGAAAGUUCUGCCGAAGAGGCCACACCUGUCAGGCAGGAAGAUGUCACUGCAGGAGAGAGGGACGUACGUGUCUUCUGGGGGCGGGGCUGACCGCUACUCAAGAAUAGCCAGACAGCCAACCAUCGAGUCCAAACGAGUGUCCAUCUCAGACUCGCAGGAUUGCCAACAGCUUAACCAGUACAAGUUAAAGAGUGAGAUUGGGAAGGGCUCAUAUGGUGUUGUCAAGUUGGCAUACAACGAGGAUGAUGACAAAUAUUACGCAAUGAAAGUGGUAUCCAAGAAGAAGCUGAUGAAACAGUAUGGUUUCCCUCGCCGACCUCCUCCCCGAGGUCCUAAAGCAGCCCAGGGGGAGCAGCCCAAGGUGCUUGGUCCUCUGGAGAGAGUUUACCAGGAGAUAGCCAUCCUGAAAAAACUGGACCACCUCAACAUAGUUAAACUGGUUGAGGUGCUGGAUGAUCCAGCGGAGGACAACCUUCACAUGGUGUUUGAGCUGAUGCAGAAGGGCCCUGUGAUGGAGGUCCCCACCGACAGUCCAUUCAGUGAGGACCAGGCCCGCCACUACUUCAGAGACAUUGUUCUGGGCAUCGAGUACUUGCACUAUCAGAAGAUCGUUCACAGGGAUAUCAAACCAUCUAAUUUAUUACUUGGAGAUGACGGCCAUGUCAAGAUUGCCGAUUUUGGGGUCAGUAACCAGUUCGAGGGUAACGAUGCCUUGCUCUCCAGCACUGCUGGUACUCCUGCAUUCAUGGCCCCAGAGACAUUGUCAGACAACCGCAAGAGCUUUAGUGGAAAGGCUCUGGAUGUUUGGGCUAUGGGAGUGACCCUCUACUGUUUUGUGUAUGGGAAGUGCCCAUUUAUUGAUGAGUACAUUCUGGCACUUCACAAUAAGAUCAAGUGUAAGCCGGUGGAGUUCCCCGAGACGCCAGCUGUCAGUGAAGGGCUGAAGGACCUGGUAUCACGAAUGCUGGACAAAAACCCAGACGCCAGGAUCACCGUUCCUGAGAUCAAAGUGGACCCCUGGGUGACUAAGGAUGGUACAGACCCUUUGCCUUUAGAAGAGGAGCACUGUACUGUGAUAGAAGUCACUGAAGAGGAGGUGCAGAACUCAGUGAAGUUCAUCCCCAGUCUAUCUGCUGUGAUAUUGGUGAAAGCCAUGUUAAGGAAGCGUUCCUUUGGGAAUCCAUUUGAGUGUCCCAGCAGGAGAGAAGAGAGAUCAAUGUCUGCUCCCGGCAGUCUUCUCAUGGACUCUUGGCCGUUCCGGCCCUCUUUUAAACUCCAGCCCUCGUUAAGAAAGGGGAGCAGUGGAGAGGCUGGUAGAGAAGUCGAGCUCGAGGACUUGCAUGAGGAUGAACCACCCACCUCUUGAGUGUCUCCAUAGAUCCUGAAGCAUUCCUCAUUGUCUGCACUUCUCCAUUCAGACAUUUCCAACCCUUCGAGCAGAUGAUGAUCAUGACCCAAACCACAAAACUUACACUACACUCUGUUUCCACCGACUUGAGGCUCACCUUGACAUUGAACUGGAUUCAGCUAUUGCUUGUCAUUCAGGCUUUUCACUUUUUUCAGUCUUGCACAAGAAUCACUUUCCUUGCUUUUUAAGUCUCAGAAAACCUGGCCUUGCUAAUCCAUCGGAAAACCAUACUUUCCCCUUCACGCAGUUUGGAUCUUUUCACCUUUGUUCUCUUAUCCUGGCUAAACAAGUAGAUUUUGGAAAGGAAUCUACAGUGGGCCAGGUUUGUUUGAAAGACAGACAUGUCAUAAGCUUUCUAAAGCAAAAGACUACAGCAUUUACAAAAGAUGCUAAAAUAUUAACUUGGUACGGCACCUCAUAAAGCUAAAACAGUGAUGGCGUUGAUGCAGUGUGCUGCCAUCAUAACGUUUGUACAUGUGUAUAAAAUAAUAGCUUUGGUGUCUUGCCUUUGUAUAUGUUAAUGUGCAAUUCCCUAUCUGUCAUAGCAUGCCUGAAAUAUGGCCUUUUCCAUAUUAUGGUGUUUCCAUAUCUCUGUUGCUUUCCAUUUCUUUCAUACUAUCAAAAUUUUCUCAUUUCAUUCAGAUACAAUUUAUAAACAGACACACACACACACACACACACACACACACACACACACACACACACACACAGUGUUGUAGUGUGAAUCAAAGGGGCUUAUGUAACUACUAGACACUAAAAGAGCUCUUAAUGUAUAAAUGUCUGUAUAUUCAGUCAAUUCUAGCAAACAGGGCUUUCUCAUGAAACACAGCGUUUGGUGUAAGCAUUAUCUAGAACAGGGCUUUUUCUCCAUGUUUGUCGAUGUCAGAAAUCCCACAUUUGGAUCACACCGGAUGCAGGGCUCUCGUGUUGCAGCGCUUUGUCUCUACAGGAACAGAAUGUGUCAUUGUUUACCAAGUCUUCACAUUCCAAAAGGCCUAUUUGUCAGUCAGCAGUGCAAACGGGCGCUCCAACAAACAUGCAAACAUGCCACCGAGGCGAGCGAGUGUGCACUGAUGCGGAUAGAGAGGGAGUCAGUUUCACUCAAAACAAACAAGCCAAUUGAGGAAAGGAUCUGAAUAUGGUGGUUAGCUGUAGAACGAAAGUGAACUGCCAUUCAAUGUCAUCACGGCCUGCAUUAACUCCGUCCAAAACAAUACGCCCUUGUUUACAUGGGAUCGUCUGCCAGGCGAACCCAUCAUCCUCUUUUUUUGAACCGUGUAUUGAAAGUACAAAGAGAUUCUGAAUGGACAACCAUUGUAAAUGCACAUUGGUGGUCGAGAUAUAUAAUUACAAGCACAGAUCACUCAUAUUAAUUAGAUUUUUAUUGUGAAAUCAUCACUGAGCGUGUUUCAGUUUUAAAAGGACAGUUCACCCAAAAUGUAAUGUUGUUAUCAUUUACCAAAGGUCUGUUUAUACCAACACAAAUGCUCGGCACAAAACUCUGUCCAAUUUUCGCAUGCAGUUUGUCUGUUCAGACCAAUGUGUUAGAAAAAUGGUAGACCAGCUGAAUGAAAAUUUGCAAAUUCACAUUCAAGGUAAUGCUUUUAGUAAGCAAUAAGGUAUGAGAGGCUAUGCUGUAUCGUGGAUAAGUCACGGCUGAAGGGCGUUGCAACCCCUUCAGCCAUGAAUUAUUCACGAUACAGCACUAGCCUCGAGUACCUUAUUGCUUUUAUAAAACGGUUACCACACAAUACAAAUAUUAAAGCCAAAAAUAUGACAAUCAUGAAGCCUUCCUUCCACCGGAAAAAAUAGUCCCUGACCGUGAACAGCAACAGAAGUUACAUUAUUACGCCAUUAGAUGGCGGCAAAGACUUUAUGUCUUUAUGAGUGUGUCAGUCAGUGGUGAAGACUUUUACAUUGAAAGACUGAAUUGUUGUGAACACGGAACAAGAUGCAACUGACAAAUGCUUUUGAGCGCUGUCAGUCACGGGAAAACCCCUUAACUGUUAAAAGGACAAGAUAAUACAUUGGACAUUUAAACAGAUUUUUUAUUAUAUACAUAGGACUGACCUGAAGGAAAAUGCUAAAUCUGAAUGCAGGUAGUAAACUCGCUCACUCGAUCUCUUUCUCACAAUUCUCUUCUACAUAAUACAGUAAGCUUCAAUGAACAAUAUCAACUGAGAACAAAUAGUUUACGUUGCUAAGAGUGGUUGCUAAGGGUGUUGUGUAGUGAUACACAGAACCGUUGGGUGAAACAGUCAUAGCCAUGUUUUAUCGUGAAUAAAACACAGCUAUUGACCAAUCAGAAUCAAGGACAUGAACUAACCGUUUUAUAAAAAAGCAUAAAAACAACCGGGGUUUUUAUGCUUUUUUAUAAAACGGUUAGUUCCUGUCCUUGAUUCUGAUUGGUCAAUAGCUGUGUUUUAUUCAUGAUAAAACACGGCUAUGACCGUGUUUUAUCGUGUUUGCAUGUCCUAUUGAACAGAUUAGAAAAGGUUUAAACCACCCCUUAAAUCCGGAUGAAAUUCCAAUAGGAUUUGGCAAAUUAAUUCCGAUUUAUGUGGUUACAUGUGACUAGUAGUAGGCUACUAGUCCGAUUACAAACAGAUAGGGUCCAUAUAAACGCAGCUGAAAGAGCAGCUUGGACUAUUUCGAGGUGAACUGUCCCUUUAAUUCAUUUUAAGAGAAUAAAACUUGACUUAAUUAGGUCAGCUGCCAAUUAUUUCUAGUAAACAGCAAGUGCUUAGAGGAAACCUUUAACCGAUGUCAGUCAUUUAGAUGACUCAUUAUUGCUUGUAUGAAGACGGAUUGAUAAACUGCAACGAACCGCUUUCAUUAUGUUUUCACUAAUAUCCUGUGCAGAUGGUGGUCUAUUUUUCUGACUCCUACACAUUCUUCCCUUGUUUUCUCUCUUCCCCCAUCUCUCUCUGACCCUCUCUUAUGCACACACUCCUUCUAGAUUGGUUCUUGCCCAUACCAUUUUCUAUUUAAACUGAAUUACACAGGAAAACCAUUUUCAGUGCCAAACGACUAGUCUUUUUUUGGUCUGUUUGUAUAGAGUAUUUGAUUAAGGCAUUAAAUGGAGUCUCAUUUCCAUUGUGUAUUGAGAUUCUGUAUGUGGUACUCAGGGUCUGGACACUACAAAGAGAAUGGAGUAGCAUAUUCUGUGUUCAGGAGCUCUAAGGUGUGUUUACUGUAUGUGUAUAAUUUCAUCGAAUGGUUUUAAAUGACCCUCCUUCUUCUCCUAUACGUGCAGUCAAUCGCAUUUGUCCGUUCUGUCUUAAAUGUGCAGUAGUCUUGUCAGUUACUUCUUGAUGUAUGCUAUGCACCUGUUAGUGUCUUGAUGUACGGCAUGUCCCUUAACUUGCUAUAACCUUUACAAUUCCUUUUGAUAUCUAUGUGAUAUUUGAUAUCUAAAACAAAUAAUGUCUAAAACCCCUUUAAAUUGUUUCUUGCAGGACUUUUGUAUAAGCUAAACAUAUGCAGCAAAAUGCCAUACCUCUGUCUGAGCAAUCAACUCGAGUUUGAAGGCUUUAUUUCCUUUUCCAGGUUUCAGCUCAUGUGCAAUAGAUGAGGUUUGAUCAUUUGUCUACCCACAUUUAUAAAGGUUUCUGUUGUUUGACAGGAGUCUCUUAGGGAAGUGAGAGAAAAGUGGCCAUUUUGACGCACUUUGUAGCUGCAAAAUGUUCUUGCAAUCAAAGCUUUAUGCUUUUUUAAUUUCCCUUUCUUACAAAUGUCGAUUCAAAAGUAUAUCAGAAUUGAUUCAUGUAUAUAAAUUGUCUCGCUCACAUACCUGCAGUUUGAACUGCCCAGUUAUUCGUGUCAGAGUGCCUGAUAUUGCUGGUUAUUUAUAGACGUCUGUAUUCUGCUGCAUUGAUCUGAAUGUAACUAUUACAAAAAUUCAAAGGAAAUAUAAAAAAAAAGAGCAUGGCCCGAGAAAGCACUGAAUGCAACUCUUACUAUGUAAAUAUGUACCAAACCAUAUAAAGAUGCUAUUUUUUGCAUGCUUUUUGUACACAUAGACAUAAUCAAAGACAAUAAAGAUAUCACAGGUGA